ACUUAGUGAGACUUGCCUGCUCCUAGGUGCCCAGGACCCUCCUGCUCUGCAAUGCUGUGUCUGUGGCUCUUCAGAGGUUCCUGUGUAUCAGCUGUGACAGUGACACUGGUGGUGCUGAGCUCUGCCCUGGCUUUGGUCGGGGACAGCCAACCUUGUUUCAUGCUGCAGAUGAAAUACGAGUGUGGCUUCUCGCAUGGCGCGCAGCAGGUGCGGUAUGUGGAGCGGCAUUUCUACAACCGGAGGGAGUUUCUGCGCUUCCACAGCGACGUGGGCGAGUUCCAGGCACUGACCGAGCUGGGGCGGCUGGAAGCUGAAGCCUGGAACAAGCAGAAGGACAAACUGGAGGACCGCCGGGCCGCGGUGGACACAUUCUGCAGAUACAACUACCUAGCCUUAGAGAGCUUCGUGCUGCAGUGGCGAAGUGAGCGCGGGCUGGCUGUGGCUGUGCCACAGGUCACCGUGUACCCUGCCAAGACCCAGCCCCUGCAGCACCACAACCUCCUGGUGUGCGCAGUGAGUGGCUUCUACCCAGGCAGCAUCCAGGUGCGAUGGUUCCGCAGUGGGGAGGAAGAGGAGGCUGGUGUGGUGUCCACAGGACUGAUUCGGAAUGGAGACUGGACGUUCCAGACCCUGGUGAUGCUGGAGACGGUUCCUGAGAGUGGAGAGGUUUAUAGCUGUCAUGUGGAGCACCCGAGCGUGAGCAGCCCUGUCAUUGUGAAAUGGAAGCCACAGUCUGGAUCUGCACAGACCAAGAUGCUGAGUGGAGUAGGGGGCUUGGUGCUGGGGCUGCUCUUCCAGGGGCUGGGGCUGCUCAUCUACUUCAGGAGUCAGAAACGACCCUGAGCUGAGGUGAUGUUGGCAGCUCUCCAGGAAGACACUCUGACUCCUCACAAUGAAAAAAAAUUUUUCUUGGUGACUCUUCUUCCUUCCCACAGAGGGUGGCUCCUUAGUACCCGGCUGCCUCGUGGUUCAGUGACCUACAGAAGACGGCCUCCUUGAUGGCUUCCUCAGCCUCUGCUUUGUGUUGGAAUCCUGGUACCCACAGCAGUGCCCUCCCUGCGUUGUUUGCAGCUCUCAUUUAUAGGACGCCCUUACUACCUCCCCUGCAUGGGUCUUACCUGGUGUUACAUUACUUUAAUGCAUUUUUCACAAAUAAUGCAAAAUAUCAUCUGUGUCACAUAAUUUCAAGGAGGAGAACUAGAAAAAAGAGGGCAGGCUGCAUCACCGUACAACAAUAGUUUUCUUUCCCAUAGAAUAAAUGAGAAAGUCAUACAGAUGUUUAAUGCCUUGAUUUGUCAUUCUAUAUAUACAUAAAUCAAA